UCCACUCCCUUUGGAUAUUAUUGUCAUCUCUCACUGAAACCACAACAAGGAGCAAGGAAACUGCAACAAUGGCGACACAAGCACUUGUGUCUUCUUCACUCAGCUCUUCUGUAGAGACAGCGAGACAGAUUCUUGGCGCCAGACCCACUUCAUUUUUGGUGCCAAAGAAGGGCUCUUUUGUCGUUAGGGCUGCUUCAACUCCUCCUGUCAAGCAAGGAGCAGACAGACAAUUGUGGUUUGCAUCAAAGCAGAGUCUCUCCUACUUGGAUGGCAGCUUACCCGGUGACUUUGGCUUCGACCCACUUGGUCUUUCGGACCCAGAAGGCACCGGAGGGUUCAUCGAGCCGAGAUGGUUAGCCUAUGGAGAGAUAAUCAAUGGACGGUUCGCUAUGUUGGGAGCAGCAGGAGCCAUAGCCCCCGAGAUUCUGGGAAAAGCCGGUCUGAUUCCCCAAGAAACAGCUCUUCCAUGGUUCAAAACCGGUGUGAUCCCUCCUGCAGGAACAUACAACUACUGGGCCGAUCCUUACACGCUCUUUGUCCUCGAGAUGGCUCUUAUGGGAUUCGCAGAGCACAGGAGGUUCCAGGACUGGGCCAAGCCGGGAUCCAUGGGGAAACAAUACUUCUUAGGGUUGGAAAAGGGUCUGGGCGGGUCGGGUGACCCGGCUUACCCUGGAGGACCCUUCUUUAACCCUCUAGGGUUUGGAAAAGACGAGAAGUCGAUGAAGGAAUUGAAACUCAAGGAGGUCAAGAACGGUAGAUUGGCUAUGUUGGCCAUCUUGGGUUACUUCGUGCAGGGGCUAGUGACCGGUGUUGGACCAUACCAGAACCUUCUUGAUCACUUGGCAGAUCCCGUCAAUAACAACAUCUUGACUAGCCUCAAGUUCCACUGAGAUUAUGUGAUCCGUGUUGUCGUCGGGAAAAAAAAAUUCCCAACGUGUCCCUCUCCCUCUUGUAUCCUGCAGUGUCCUGUUCUUGGUACCAUCGGCUUCUCCACAUAUGUAACAUGCCUGUGUAAACAAACAUAUUCAUGUUCUGUAAGAAAUAUGACAAUGUUAAAGGCUUAGAAAAACAGCUUUUAGGGUUAA